AUGAGUCAGGCCAACGACGACGAUUUGGUUCCCGAGACCGUGGAAGGGUAUACCGUGGGCGAGAAGAAGACAAUUGAAGAAUACACGAAACUCGACGCUGAGGAUGAAAGUUUGGCAAAGUGGAAAGCUUCGUUGGGUUUGGCGGCCGACGCCGACGCGUAUCCCGUAAAGGCAGGGGACAAGCGGAAAGUGGUCAUUGUAGAGAUGGCGUUGGAAUUUCCCGAGCUGAAGGAUUUGGACCCGAUAGUCAUCAAUAUGGAGGACAAUGACGGGAACACCAUCAAGAAGGAUAUCAAAUUCACCAUCAAGGAAAAGGCGGUUUACCGGCUCAAAAUCAAGUUCAGAGUUCAACAUGAGAUCAUUACUGGCUUGCGGUACUUGCAUCUGGUGAAAAAAGCCGGCAUUCGGGUGGACAAGGUCGAAGAGCCAUUGGGUUCUUAUGCUCCCAACACCACCAAGCAACCGUUUUACGAGAAAUACUUUCCUGAUGUCGAGGCUCCUUCUGGAAUGUUGGCCCGUGGAAGUUACUCUGCCACGACAAAGUUCGUUGACGAUGACCUGACGGUGCACUUGACGUUUCCAUGGAGCUUCCAAAUAACUAAGUAG